UAUUUUUAGAUGUUCUGUGUAGAGAUUGAGAGUAAAUUUAAUUAUUGAUUUUACUAUCAAAUGUGUUGUUAAAUUGUGAAAAAUGAAACAUAUUUUGAACACUCUUAUAAACGCAUCAGAGAAGGCUGCAUGUGUAGCUCGUUCCUGUUGUGCAGGAUCAACAAACGAAGUUUUAUUGGUCGCAGAAAAAUUCGAAGGCGAUGCCAACGCCCGUUUUGAAAGAGAUUUCAAAACUAUUGCCGAUGUUUUGGCUCAAGAAGCUGCUAAAACAGAAAUAGCGGAUCAUUUUCCGGAGCUUGCAGAGCAUGUAAGAGGCGAAGAAUGUUCCGAGAUUGGAGGUGUAAGAAUCGAAUUAUGUGAUAGUGUUGAAGGCACUACAGAUCUUUUACAGUAUUUAGUAGCGCCUGCAGUCGCAAAACGAAUGGCAGAAGCGGCGCACCGUGACACAGAACAUAUAUUUUGUGAUAAUUUGCCAAAAGAUCUUCCAGAAGUUAACACUUCCGAUUUAGGCAUUUGGAUUGAUCCUAUAGAUGCUACAGCCGAGUUCAUAGCUGGUGUCCAGGGUAAAGCUGAUGCAGAUCAUGGUCUUCCUUGUGUGACAGUCCUCAUUGGUGCCUAUGUGAGGUCUACUGGGGAGCCUGUUAUUGGAGUCAUCAAUCAACCUUUUUAUAAUAAUGGCAAAGGGCGAGUGGUAUGGGGCAUUAAUUACAAAGAUACUCAUGAAUGGGGAGGCAGUGAUGUAAAGGAAAACAAUGAAAAUAAUAUUAUUCUCAUGAGCUCAGCUGAGAAGCCAGAAAUAGCUGAUACAUUCCGAGAAGCUGGAUGGGAAGUCAAGUCUCUCCCUGGGGCUGGUCAUAAGCUUCUAAAAGUUGUGCUAGGAGAAGCUGCGGCAUACAUCAUGUCACAGGGAACAACUUUCCGCUGGGACACCUGUGCCCCCCACUCCAUCCUCCGAGCUAGGGGUGGUGAUCUCAUUACCUUCUCUACUCACGGCCCAAUUACUUACAAUGAUGAAAUGGAUAUGGAAUCUCAAAACUACAGCAACAAAGAAGGCAUCAUAGCAUACAGCGAUGCCUCCAUAUCUGCUACUAUUAAGAAAAUUCUCAAUAAUUAAAGAGUCCAAAUAACCCUGUGAUCCCUUAUAAUCAAGUAGAUUAGAUUUCUAAACAAUAUAUCGAAUAUUUUGCGUAUUGAUUGGGGAAUGUAGAUUUAUAGGUCCUGUCAGACAAGAAAUGCAUAGCAUUUGAAAGUAUUUCUCAAUCAUUCCAAAUUGUGAGUUUUACAAUGUUCCUUUGUAAUGUGUAAGGAUAAAAUUUUUACGAAUUAUUGUUGUCUAGGAAAUGUGAAGUGAAAUAAUCCUUUUUUUUAAUGUUUUUCAAGUAUAUUGUGUGGCGUCAAAGUUUAUUAAAGAAAUGUACACCGUGACUUUUUAGUCGUCUUACAACGGCAGCCCACUUAAUGUAUCCAAUGACUAGUAAACGUUCAUAUAAAA